CUAUAGAAUGGUCACGGAAAAACAGUUCAUCUACCGUAACACAUGAAAAUGGAAACAGAUCCCGGGAGGAUUUUCAGUGGUGAAGGGAUAAUUUGUAAAGCCGGAUUAUAGGGCGCAUUAACGACGAUCAAAUCCGAUUGUAAGAGUGAGUUUUCAAAGUUUAUAGACAGAGAAAAGAAAAACAACCAAGUAUAUAGACUUUCACAUUUUUUGAAUACAGAACAAUGCGAUCUUGCGGAAACCAGUCAUAGUUUGAGGGAACAAUUUAAUAUCAAUCUUUUCUUGAGGAAAUAUCGGCAAAACAUGCUUCUUAUCACGCGCGAGAACCGAGGAUAAUGAAAACUUUGACAGGUGCGGAACGUCAAAAUUGAAAAGGGGAAUUAUAUAUAUCUUAUAUCUACUGGGGGGAAAUUGUGUCAAUGUCUGGUGAUUAAACUUUUAUUCAAAAUGACAGAUUCGAAUAAUAAACGGAGCAAUGCAUCACGGUUGUGUAUUAAUCUUCAAGGGGACAACGACGAAGACGGAACGGUACGGCCCUCUCCUCUGUGGAUCAACCCUCGGGUGGACGGGAGAAUCAACACAGACUCCGCGGUCGAUUUCUCCUCGUGGCUCAAACCGAACUGGCUCGAGGAACAGGAGCAGUUUUCGUACACCCGUUCGCCCACCCCUGGGGCAGACUCGACGUCAGGCGAAGAAACGGAUUCUGAGAGAUACCCUGAAAAGCAACGGUCGGGAAGAAAAAAGAAAGAACUCAGCUUUUCGACUGCUGUGAACGUUACGAAGGCGGCAAAUCUGUUUAGAAGCAGAUCCCAGGCUCAAAAGAGACAGUUCGUUGCUAACAAUCUUGAAGUUCAGCGCAGCAAAACGUCAAUCGGAGUAGAAAACCCGAGUAACGGUGUUUCUAGAAGCAAGAGUGUUCGGUGGGUGGACGGACGUACUCAGAGAGACAACAUGGACGAAUCUAGAGGUACAGCAAUGAUAUCCAGAAGUAAAUCGUUUUCUUACGACGAACCCCUCAGCGGGCUUUUUGAUAUAGCCAAGGCGGCGGGUAAACGAAAACCAAUCUUGGUCAACAACACUCCAAAGUUACCCUCCCCGGCACCCUACAGCUUGUAUCUAUACGCGCAAACACCACAGCCCCCGAAACCCGACAAAGAAUUCAAAGUUCCAAAGAAAAGGCGGAAAAGGCUGUGCAAGAUUAUACUUGAAGAAGAUGAAGCGGAAGCACUGCGUCCAAAAAUCGGCGAUCGAAAAGUUUCAGAUGACGAAUUGGAUAUGAUAGUUUCGAGACUUAUUCGACCAACGAAUGCGAGUCGAGCGAGAUCGGCUUCGAUAAGUCGAGUUUUCUUCCAGUCCCAAAAGAAACCUCCACCACGUGUUCGCGUAGAUUACUUGGUUUUUGAGCCGAAUCGUUUUCGCGGGUUGAAAAAAGUGGGAAUCGACGAGCUAGAGGAGAUUACAGAGAGACUUAAUACAUUCGAUAUUGAGAGAUGGCCGCCAAAUUCAGCAAGGAACGAAAUUAGGAAAUCGGUGAAAGAGGAAAAACUUGGUGUCUUGAAUAGUUACCAGUGGAAAGGCGUAAAGAACUGCUAAGAUCAAAGUACAUACAUAGGGUAAAUACUACAUACUAUCGUUUAUAUAUUCCAAUAGAGAACCAAUUUGAUAAUUGAAUGAACAAACACUAUAGAAACAUUAACAAAUUAGUGACAAUGAAAAUUAUUCCGUGGAUUGAAAAUUGAAAGAGACAAUUUUUAACCCUUUUAUUUUGUAUCAAUGUGCUUAAAGCCAUGCAUUAGCCUUUGUACAAUCAGUGUUUCUUUUUGGUUGGUUCCAAAUUAUUUUUACGUUUGAAACAGAUAGAAAUUUGGUGCAGUCAUUUGGUAGAUUCAUUUUUUUUGUCAUUUUGUACUAACCAUUUACAUUUAUCAAUAAAAUAUGGAAUACUUU